GGAAGCUGAUUGGCUAUCCGGGCUUGCACUUCCGCUGGUGGACUCGGACGGCACUUUUUGCGGUAACGGUCCGUGACAUGUUAAAUCACACCGUGAACUCGGUAUAAAAUGGCGGCUCCGUGGACUAACGACAAAGAGGAGGAGUUCGUGGCGAUGAUGGAGGGAAAGCCGGAGUUAUUCGACAACACGGAGAUGAAUUUCACCAACAAGACGGCGAAGAUGAACGCCUGGCUGGAGCUGGCUAAACACUUCCAAAUCAACGAGAAAGAUCUGCGUAAGAAGUGGGACUCUCUCAGGACUCAGUACAGCAGAUACACUAAGAUGAUGUACGGAUCAGACGGACGCUUCUUCACCCCGAGACAGCAGUGGAUCAUGCAGCGCCUCAAGUUCCUCGAUCCUCACAUCAAGCGCAGGAUCAACUACUGCACCGACCUCGACUACGAGGUGACUGUGGUUGAGAACGGCUGUGAGGACUCGAACCCUGCCCAGGUGGACGUGGAGAUCGAGGCGGACAGCUUGAACAAACUGGAAAUGAACCUAGACACGUCCAAGCUCACCAAGCAGCUCUCCAAACGUGGGUUCCAGGAUGAGGACGAUGAUGAAGUACGUUCCUGUGGAGCCAAGAAAGCCUGCUCUGACAAACCCAGCCCACAGAUGUUCCCCAAAACCUCCGUUUCCAAGCACCAGUGUGACGAGGAGGACGAGGACGAAGAGUCGGAUUCUGCGAGUCUGAGGAGGAUCGUGUGCAGCACCAUGGAGGAGAAGAAGGACGAGCGCUGGGACGGUUUCUCCGUGUACGUCACUUCCUGUCUCCGCAGCUUGAACUCGUCCCAGAGCCGCAUGAGCGCGCAGGAGGACGUGUGCGCCGUGCUGCAGAGACAUAUGGAGCGAGACGGUGAGGACGACGAGGAUGGAGCAGGGGGCAGGAGCGAGACGUGCAGGAGAACCUGCUCCACCUGCUGUGGCUCCAGGAAGAACAGGAGCGAAGGUGGUGCCAGCAACCUGGCCAAGCCUGACACGGACGAUCAGGACGACCUCGAGCCCUUCCUAAAGUCCAUGUCCAUCAUCAUGAAGAGGUUACCUGAAGGCGAGAGGUCAGAGGUCAAGUUCAGGAUCCAUGAGCUGGUGUACAAAGCCCAGAUGAAACAUCUAACUGAACAGAGGAGUGAACAAAGGAACACACAGAGCUCAUCUGCUCUAUGAGCUGCGUUUUACACACACACACACACACACACACACACACGCAUACACGCGCACACACGCAUACACACGCACACACGCAUACACACACACACAUACACACACACACACGCACACACACACACACACACAUACACACACACACACACACAUCAGCGGCACUUUUGUACACAGCUUUAUAACUCACUUUUAUUAAGUUAUAAAUAUAUAUAUUUAAAAUAACAUCUGAGGAACAAAUCAGGAAGAUUCUUAGAUUUAUAGUGUUUUCUGCUGGAACAGUAAAAACACUGAAAGUCUAUAUUAAAAAUAUCAAACAGUUUCUACUUUUUAUAUUAAAAAGUUAAAAGCUCUAUCACCAGGCUCAGGGUUGCCAGGUUUACCAGGAUCCCUCACCGUUGUGUGAAAGAUACAUAUAACAUUGAAAAGCGAAAUAAUAAGUAAAAGAAAAAUGGAGCAAUAAAAUAUGUAUGAAACAUUACAUAUGAACAGUUUCCACAGUGGACGUGAAGAGUGUACAGGUGGUGCUGCAGUCAUGUUCCUCAGUCACUCAGAUGUUCCUCAGUCACUCAGAUGUUCCUCAGUCUUAUAGUCAGAAUGAUUUCUUCAGUCGGAGUCAGUUGGAUGGUGAUAUGUGGGCUUGAUAUGAAGGUAGUGAGAUGAACUGUCCAUCUCAUCCCUCCUGUUCUCCACUCAUUUGAACUCUUAACAUCAGACACACUGAUGCUGCCCCAUGAGCUGGUCACCACAGACCGAGAGAACAUCUUCAGAUGAAAGGUCCUCAGGAAAUUAAGUCUGCUCUAGUCCUCAAGUCCAGUCUGAUGUCCAAGAGAACUUUUAGCUUGACAAAGCCAACCUCCUCAUCUCUGAUGUUUCUGUGCUUACACACACAUGACUCCUGCUCCAUCUCUCCACAAAGUUCCACCAGUUCAUCCUAAACACGCUAUAGAUCCCUCAGAAAGCUUCUACAGCGAGGUUUACCUGAAGUCUGAGGAGAAAAAAGGUGUUGAUUCUGAACAAAAGUGUUCUUUCACACUGUACACUAUUAACAUGUUUCACAUUAAACUCUUAAUAAAAUGAUAAACAUCAUUAGACUUGAGUAAAUAAAAUACAGCAUUGAUCGACUGAACAUCGUUUAUUUAUCACUGAGCACACAGAAAGAUUAAUUACGGGUGUUUUAGCUUAUAGUUUCUUUUCAACUGAGCAGAAGCUGCACCUGAGACUCCUGAAAGAUGAUUAAACAGGUGGAGUCAGGUGUGUUAAACCCACAGCCACGCCCGUGACCACGCCCAUGACCACGCCCAUGACCACGCCCACAACAGGUCUCUGCUCUGAUUGGACUGGACACUUUUGGAUUAAAUAUAUCACUUUUAACUGAAUAUAUUUGUCCACUGUGUAUCGAGAAGAGAAGCUUGUAGGUUAGAAUAAAAUGAACCCGAACUUCUACACAGUGUCUUGUGAUUUAGGUGAUAAAUCUGAGGGGAAGUCGGUGAGGAGCGAAACGUUUCUUACACUUACAAUAAUGCGAAGUUAAAUGGUUGAACACUAGAGGGCGCUCCUGUAUCAUAAACACUGAUUCAUAUUUCUCUCUCUCUCUCUCUCUCUCUCUCUCUCUCUCUCUCUCUCUCUCUCUCUUUCUGUGCUUAUAACCUGAUCGUUAUUAAAGCUUGAGUCCACAAAAUUAUUCACGUUUGAUGAAAAUCCCGACUGUUUUCAGUGAGUCGGUUAAGGUGACUCGACUCGCCAAUAAGAGUCGACUCUUUUGACUUCUAAUUCGACUCAUUGCCAUUUUUACACCGACAAAGUGAUUGUUUUAUGAAUGAAAUUGUUUAAAGAA